GAUAGUGUGAAGGUUCUAUGUUGAUUGACCAAUUGAGCAUUCUUCAAAUUUUCUUGGAACCAAACGAGGAAAAGGAAAACGAAGGAACCAAAUGGCGGAAUGAGGGAAGUCACAUAAAGAAAACAGAUAUUGAGAUACAGCAGACGCUGUGUUGACCCAUCUCUCAGAAAAUGGAGCUAGAAUUGGUGAAGAAGUUCUUGGAGAAGGAUGGAGCUGAAAACGCGCCGACAAUCAAUGGGAUGCCCACCAAAUUCUUCGAACCUUUCAUCAUCCAAGGCCUCAGAGCUGAUUUCGUCGAACCCGGUCGGGUCGUUUGUUCCAUGAAAGUCCCCCCUCGAUUACUGAACUCAGGCAAUUCUAUGCACGGUGGCGCCAUUGCGAGUCUCGUGGAUUUGGCGGGCUCAGCCGCAAUAUUCUCCGUUGGAGCUCCAUCGUCUGGAGUUUCGGUAGAGAUCAACGUAUCCUACUUGGAUGCUGCUUAUGCUGGUACAUUGUGCUCAACCCAUUUUUGGAUUUUGCCCAGAACAGAACUGAAGCAGACCACUUCACCUCCAGUGCUAAUAAUUUUGUUCGUCAUUGGAGUGGUUUAUGAGGAAAUCGAGAUUGAGGCCAAGGCUUUGCGAGUUGGGAAGGCUGUUGCCGUUGUCAGUGUUGAGUUGAGAAAGAAGGAAACUGGGAAAGUCAUUGCCCAGGGGCGCCAUACCAAGUAUCUCACUGUCCGUAGUAAAAUGUGAAUCCCACCUCUUCGAUGAUAUAUAUUAGCUUCAAUGAAGUGUUUAUGGGAGGACUUCCCUCCCCUCUGUACUCCUUUAAACCAAGCAACAUUAGAGGACUUAAUUAUGUUUUCUUUAAUCAAAACACCAAAAAAUAAACCCUGAAAUGCUGUUGACCAGUUGAUCCAAGGAUUAUCAUUUCGUCGUAUAUAGAUUAUUAAUUAGAAUGCAUGUUUAGAUUUGUGUCUGAAUAAAA